UAAAAAAUCCCGAGACUUGUUUGAAUCAAAAAUAUGCAGAGAGCGUUAAAAAUAUACGGGGAAGUCCUCCGGCUAGUAAGGCGUCUUCCGGCCGAUUCCAGGCCUUACUACGCCAAAUUCGCCCGUGAAAACUUUGUCAAUUAUCGGCAGCUCGACGACAAUGAUCCCGCAGCUCUCGACGAGCUCUUUCUUCGUGCUUACAUUCACUCUCUUUGGGUUCUUAAUAAGUAUUCGGUCGAUCAAAGUGCAGCGAGUAAGCUGAAGGAGAUAUGUGGCGGGGUUUGAUCAUGCGUGUUUGUUGUACGCCAAGUGUUUGAUGAAAUGCUGCAGAGCGGAUGGUUUUUGUGAUGUUUGUGUUUAAUGUUGUAAUAUGUAUGGAUUCCUUUCCACAGAUUUGCAUUUUGCAUAAUUCAUUUUAGGUAUUACGAUUUCAAAUAAUAAUAUAAUGACGAACAGCUGAAAAUGGGCGUUUUGAUGUAGUG